AUGGAUGAUGAGGUAGAGAAGCUUAGGAAACAGGCAGAGAUUAGGAAAAGGAGGUUGCUUGAAAGGAGCAGUGCCAGGCUGAAGCUGAUUUAUCCGAAUUAUGAGGAAUCUACAAAUAACGAGAGCUUUGAGUCUAUACCAGAUGACGAAUCUGGAGAAUUUUCUAAAGCAAAACUUAUCAAAAAUGAUAAUGAUUUGGAUUAUAAUAAAGACAAUGAUAGUAUUAGUGAUGGGUUUAAUACAAGUAGAGUAAGCACAAGCAGUACAUUUCCUGCUUUUUCUCAGGGGAAAAUUUAUGAAGAGACUGAGGAAAAAGAUUUUUGUUCAGACUUUAGACUGGUUUCUUAUAUAGAAUAUUGGAACCAAGGAGAGUCUGAUAGGUUAAGAAAGAUCGGAUCAUGUAUAUUGGGAGUAUUGUUAUUUUUAACUCACAAUUUUGUUCCAGAUUCCUUUUCGUUUCAGUUUUUACCAGUUAAAAUCAAUUCUAUUUCUGGAAUCAUUUCAUUUUUUAUAUACCAAAUUUUGAUUUCACAAAUUUACUUUUACAACUAUUUCCGUCUUUUAAUUGUUCCUACUGGCUCAAAUAAAGUUGAGAAAAAGACAUUGUGUAAAAUUAUUCUUGGGUGUAAUAGUACUCAAAAAGUGGACUAUUUUGUUGCCAUGAAUAACAUAAUCCAAUACGCUCUGGCAAUUAAAAACUUUAUUUCAGAGUGGCUUCUUCUUGUUACUUUUUAUUCUUUUGUUAGUUUUAUUCAUAGCUCUUUCCUUACUAAUUAA